AUGCAAGCGAACACGCCAGGCGGCCAGGAUGAAACGUUACUGUAUUCGUUCCCCAGCACCGGAGGCGGACAGCAGCCUGUGGCGCGGUGGGCCCACGCCGCCGCAGCGGUCGGCAGCCUGCUCUUCGUGUAUGGCGGCGUGGGGCAGGUCGUCCUGGACGAUCUCUCAGUCCUCGACGUCGACCUGAUGACGUGGCGCUGCCUGAAGCCUCGCGCCGCGUCGCCGCGCGACCGCCCCGGGAAGCUGCACGCCGCGGCGAUGGCCGCCUCCGGCCGCACCGUCUGGCUGCUCGGCGGCCAGCAGGGCCGAAAAUUCUUGCGGGAGCUCUUCGCCUUGGACACGGACACGAUGACAUGGGCGCUCGCCGCACCCGGCGGCGCCGCGCCAUCGGCGCGCGCGGGGCACGCGCUCGCGGCCGUCGACGGCGCCGGCGUGUUCCUGUUUGGCGGCCAGGGGAAGCGGCUGUUUGACGACCUCCGGGUGCUGGUGGUGCCGCAGCAGCACCAACACGGCCACCACCACUUCUCCGCCCCGGAAGACGCCGCCUCCGCCUGCAGCACGAGCAGCGCCGGCAGCAGCGGCGCAGCGAGCGGCGCGAGCGGCGGCGGCGCGGGCGGCGGCGGGCCGUCGACGGCGCCGGCGUGCGAGUGGGUGGAGGUCAAGCCGCGGGGCCGCGGGCCGAGCGCGCGGCGCGGGCACAGCUUGACGUGGGACGGGCGGGACGCGCUCGUGCUGUUUGGCGGGAGCACGUCCAACAGCACCGACAACGGCGUCUGGUCGUACUCGAUUUCGAACCGGGAGUGGACUGAGGUCAAGGCGCGCGGCGCGGUCCCGCCGCCGCGGACGCACCACAGCGCGGUGUUGCUGCGCCCCGGCCGCCUCCUGGUCUUUGGCGGCUGCAACGCGCAGGGCGUGUUCUUCCAGCCCUGCUCACAUUAG